CGAGGAUUUCCGCUUUCCCCACUGCGAUUCCCAACAUGAAUCUUUUUCUCGUCUUCGCCGCGUCCGCGAGCAUUCUCCGAUUCGUCGACGCACGGGAAGCACCCGGACUCGGGGAGCCGUGCGAGCCAGGCGUGGACACCUGCCAGGACUGGAACGCGGAGUGCGUCAGCGAAGACGGAGGCGGCUUCACCUGCGAGUGCGUCCAGGGAUUCGUGCAGGAUGGGGGAAACUGCAGAAUACCAACUGGCGGAGAGUGCACGGACUCGUUCGAAUGUAUCAGCAAUGCGGAAUGCACUGGGGACCCCCCAACAUGCCAGUGUUCCGAGGGAUUCCUGGAGGAAUCGGGACAUUGCAAAGUGGCAGCAGGCAACCCCUGCACGGACUCGGCGCAGUGCGUAAGCUACGCGCAGUGCAUGGACAUCGGCGGCGUGAACGUGUGCACCUGCGAUGACGGACACGUAGAAGUCGACGGACGAUGCAAGGUAGCCUUGGGCGGGGAAUGCCAAGAUACCGUUGAGUGCGUGGAAAAUGCGGAGUGCGUCAGCGAUACGUGCCGGUGCAUGCAAGGAUUCCAGGAGCACUUCGGAGAAUGCGGUGGAUGCGACGAUGCUCAGGGGAGCAACCAACCCCCAACCAACAUCCAAAAAAAGAGAGAUCAGAGUAGACUCAACUCCGAUCUCUCAGAGGUUCUCAAACUUCAUGGGUCCACGACCCCGUUUCACGGGGACCAAAAGCUCGCGAUCCCCAAUUUUCAGGUUGUUUUUGCUUGGUUGAAGACUGAUCCUGAUCCAGUAAACAGUGUUGCCAUGGAAAGACAACUUGGAUGUCCUCUGGUACAUAUGGCACAUUCAUCUCUGGUCCUGCCAUUCAUAGGUUAG